AGUGUGUAUAUAUGUGUGUAUAAGUCUAAGCGUGUUUGUGUGUAUGCAUGUGUGUGCAUGUGCUUGUUGUUUGUGAGUAAUGGAGGUUUCCCUGGUGACCCUGUUGGUGUCUCUGUGGAUGAAGACGUUGGUGAACUGGGUGGUGUUGAUGCUGCAGAAGGGUCAUGUGGGGCAGAGCUUCUGGGGCAUCUUCUGCGUGUCAGUGGCAUUGGGUGAUGCCCUCCUGCACCUGAGUGUCACCUGUGUUUUCUUGGUUCAGGAUGUUCAGGUGUUCGAGCUGCGCCUCACUAAGUACCAUGUGUGUGUUCUGGUUCAGGCGGCGUGUUCCAUCCAGGGGGUUCUGCACUGGCCCGUCUUCAUCCUCUGUGGACUGGAUAUCCUGUGGCGCACGCGCCAUCCCUGUCCUCAUCUCACACAAACGCUCGUCCACACCACCGUUGUGUUGCUGCUGUGGACUCUGGCCAUGUUUUUUGUCUUCACCAUCCCCGAUUCCCACCUGCUCACAAAAGACGAGGACGAUCACAUCACCCUGCAGCGGUGUCAGGUGAUGGGUGGGGCUCAGAGCCGGCAGGUGGCCUGGGCAUCGUUGCUGACGCUAAUGGGCAUGGCUUGCUACAUACUCUCAGUGAGGAAAACGAACGCUGAACAACUGAGGAAGUGUGUCUGUCACUUCCUGUCCACCUGGAGCACCUUCCUGCUCCUGCUGUUCUUUAUCUUGGUGUCCGGGACAGAAGUUCCUCCGUAUGUGGACAUGAACAGCAUGUGGCUGUGUUUUAUUCACAGUCUGCAUACUGUAUUGGCCCUGCAGAGCUGCACUUGCAUUUUCUGUGCUCACACGCAGGACAACACAUGGAAGAGCCACACACGUCUCACACACGUCUGCUUCCUGACAAACAAAUUGAGUUUCACUGCAGAAACUCCUUCAGAGCAGACGCUUCACACUCGGAGACUCACCUGAUCACCAUGGAGACCAUUGAGAUCAGCAGAUGAUGGUUUUCUGAAGUGUUCCUGAGCCCAUACAGUGAUUUCCACUACAGACACGUGUCUGCUUUUAAUGCAGUGUCUCCUGAGGGCCUGAAGAUCACAGGCAUCCAAUGUCAGUUUUCAUCCUUGUCUCUUGCACACAGAGAUUUCUCCGGAUUUUCUGAAUCUUUUAAUGAUAUUAUGGACUAUAGAUGAUGUGAACCUCAAAUUCUGUGCAGAUUUACUUUGAGGAAUGUUAUUCUUAAAUUCUUGCACUGUUUGCCCACCCAGUCUUUCACAGAGCGGUGAACCCCGCCCCAUCUUUACUUCUGAAAGGAUCCCCCUCUCUGGGAUGCUCUUUUUAUACCCAAUCAUCUUACUGACCUGUUGACAAUUAACCAAAUUAGUUUUUUUCAGCAUUACACAACUUUUUCAGGCUUUUGUUUCCCUGUCCCAACUUUAUUGACGUGUA